AAAUCAGGGACUUUAAUACAUUACAGAGGAUUUAUGUGUGACACCCAUUCUGCCAGUAAAAAGCCCAGGACAGACACCAUGAAGAUAGGAACACACAACGGCUCAUUUCACUGCGAUGAGAUCUUGGCUUGUUUCAUGCUGAGACAGCUACCAAAGUAUGCUGAUGCUGAGAUAGUCAGAACUCGUGACCCUGCUGUCCUUGAGACCUGUGAUGUUGUGGUGGAUGUGGGGGGAGUGUAUGAUCCUGCUAAAAAUAGAUUUGACCAUCACCAGAGGACAUUUAAUGAAUCCAUGAGCACAGUAAACAAACCCAAGAAAUGGACAACCAAACUGAGCAGUGCUGGCCUGGUGUACUGUCACUUUGGUAAGGAGAUCGUGGCUAAAAUCCUGGAGCUUCCCGUGGAAGAUCCAAUCACCGAUAUUGUAUACGACAAAGUGUACGAAAACUUUGUGGAGGAAAUUGAUGCUAUUGACAAUGGAAUCAAUCAGUAUGAUGGAGAACCCAGGUACCACAUAAAUACUAACCUAAGCAGCAGAGUCAGCCAUUUUAAUCCUUUGUGGAAUGAACCUAAUGCUGAUGAAAUGGCAGGGUUUUUAAAGGCUAUGAAGAUGGUGGGAGCUGAGUUUCUUGAUAAAAUUUUGUACUACAAGAAAUCAUGGCUGCCUGCAAGAGAAUUGGUAGAGGAGGCUGUCAAAGGCAGAAUGGAGGUUGAUCCUAGUGGAGAGAUAGUGGUGUUUAAGACAGGAGGUUGUCCAUGGAGGGAUCAUCUAUUCAAUUUGGAGGAAGAGCUUAAAAUUAAUCCACCAAUCAAAUAUGUUCUUUACCAAGACCAGAGUAACAAAUGGAGGGUUCAGUGUGUACCAGAGACCCCGGGGUCAUUCUCAAACAGACUAUCUCUGCCAGAGGACUGGCGUGGCUUAAGAGACAGCAUACUUACAGACAAGUCAGGGAUCCCUGACUGUAUAUUUGUACAUGCUGGUGGCUUCAUUGGAGGAAACCACACUUAUGAAGGAGCACUGGAAAUGGCAAAGAGAAGUCUGAAGAUGUCACAGAAAAAUACUUAAUAAUGCAAGGAAUGUUUUAUAGGCAUAUUGGAAAUGUAAAUUCUGAGCUCAGGUCACUACAUGUACAUUAAAUACAUGAGGGAAUAUUUCCUUGUCAUUGUUGAAUCUCUUCUACAUGUAUCAGAGUCAUAAAAUAA